AUGUCAGUAUCUGGCCCGCAACGAAUUACUUUGAUUGGACUGGGGACUAUCGGGAUGUCGAUGGCUGGUCUGCACCUCUCACGGGUAAACACCAUAGUCGACGUCUUCGAUACAAGACCAAACUUUGAAGAUUACCUCUUUAAAACCCUACCGAACUUCCUGCCAAAAAGUUCACCAUCCUCCGAAGAUGCCAGCUUCGAAUCGACGCAAUCAACGUCUGUACCUUCUCUGAUCUCUUCCGGGCGCUUGCACAUUCACAAGUCCCUGGAAACCGCCUGCGCAUCCGCAACCAUUGUCCAGGAGCAAGGCCCGGAGAACCUGGCCUUCAAGCAGGAGAUUUGGGCGCAGGUCGAAUCUUUCGCACCACCUACGGCGCAUUUCUGGACCAGUACGUCCGGAAUCGCGGCGUCCGCUCAGCAAAGCACCAUGCAAGACAAGACUCGUCUACUGGUAGUGCAUCCGUUCAACCCCCCACACAUCAUGCCUCUUCUGGAGAUCGUUCCCUCCCCCACUACGGCACCCGAGCGCGUGGAUUUUGCGCGGGGGUACUUUUCUCAGCCCGGGUCCAGACACCGCCCCGUGGUCAUCCGGAAGGAGAUCCCCGGGUUUGUGGGGAAUAGACUCGCCUUUGCACUGCUCCGUGAGGCAUGCUACUUGGUUCAAGAAGAUGUGGUGACUGCGAAAGACCUCGAUACCAUUCUGAUGGCUAGCCUAGGCCCCCGGUGGGCGGGAAAUGGAGUGUUUGAGAGCUACCAGCAAGGCGGCGGAGAGGGUGGCAUUGAAGCCUUUCUGCACAAGUUGGGAGGGACGAUGCAGGAGGUCUGGGAUGGGUUGGGGCAGGUGAAUGUCCUGGGUGAGGAGGGUACGGCAUGGAAGAGCAAGGUGAUUGCUCAGACAAAUGAGGCUUACGGGGAGUUUUCUCCGGGUCAGAUGCGCGAGAAGGAGGAGAGGCUCAGGGACUUCGUCCAUGUACAGACCAAGAAAUACGGACAUGGCGAACCGGAAGUAUAG